AUGCAUUGGAGAAAAAGGGACAAACUGCUCCUUCGCUCGAAACGGAAAGCGCUUCCCAGUGGGACAAGCGAUCAUUCAUUGAAGAGAAAGGAUCGGCAAAUUGAGAACGGAGACGUGAUGGUGGAAACCACUUUCAAUGAAGAAUGGCCAAAAGUGCAUGACACGGUGGUAAAUUUACUCUAUCAACGACCCGUUGACAAAAAUGACUGGCAGGGGAUUUUUCCAACAAUAUUCAAAAUUCACUCAUGGGUUGAUGAUGGUGAUAAUCAGAUCCGACAAGCUCUUUCACAAGAUAUUGCUCGAUACGUCGAUGAAGCCGAAAAGACUGUACUCUCUAAAAAGAUCAACAUUGAUUUACUGCACACAUAUAUUACUGAAUGGAAUCGCUUCUAUCAUCAGUCGAGCAUUUUGCCACUUCCUUUCAAACCGUUAGAGAAACCGCCAAACAACAAUACCCUUGAACAGCGAAGAAGUCCUGGGGUCACUUUAAGUAUUAGACAGGUAAUGUUCGACACGUGGAAUCGAAUGAUUUUUGGCAAAGUGGCGGUUCGACUAUUGGACGCAGCUAUGGAACUUGUGGAGAAAGAGCGACGAGGAGAACAAGUCGACCCGAAACUUAUAUCGGGAGUGCGAGAAAGUUUUGUUGCCCUUCACGAAUCCGAGCUAGAACCCCUUGAAGCCUAUCGAUCGUCAUUUGAACGAGCCUAUGUUGAUCGGACAAUCGCUUUUUAUAAACUAGAGAGCGCUCAGUUCAUUGAACUAAAUGGCGUACGCGACUACAUGGCGUUCGCCGAUCAGAAAUUAGAAGAAGAGGAACAGAGAGCUGAAAAAUAUCUUGCCAAAUGCGGCGUCAAUAGGCUUAUUGAUGCCGCUGUGCGGGUACUUGUUGGUGAUUUUGAAGAUCAACUCCUUUCCGAAUGCACUAAAUUGAUUCAAACAAACGAUAUUGAAAGACUUCGAAUGCUCUAUCGAUUGAUUAAAAGGACACCAGCGGGUAUCGAGACAGUUUUAAAGUAUAUCGAUGAACAUAUUCGACACGAAGGCACACAAGAUAUGCUAGCUAAUGCGGAGACGGUGACAACGGAUCCUGAAAAAUACGUGCAACAGCUGCUGAAUAACUUCGAGAAAUUUUCGCAGUUAAUUCAUGAUGGUUUUUACGAUGAUCCCCGGGUGUUAACGGCUCGAGAUAAGGCUUUCAAAGAUGUAGUCAACGACCCUUCAGUGUUUCGACUUGAAUUGAAUCAAGGAAAGAAAGGGAGAAUGGCUGCUGAAUCAAAAUGCCCCGAAUUAUUGGCAAAUUAUUGUGAUCUUCUUUUGAGAAAGACUCCGUUGAGUAAAAGGUUAACAAGUGAAGAGAUCGAGACAAGACUGGAUGAUGUGUUACUAGUGCUGAAAUAUGUGGCUAACAAAGACGUUUUCAUGCGUUUCCAUAAGGCCCAUCUUUCGCGUCGUUUGGUGUUGGAUAUGACGGUUGAUUUAGAUCGAGAAGAGACGCUAAUCACAAGGCUUCGGGAACGAGGAAUGCCGGCGGAGCACGUAAACAAAUGCCUUCGAAUGCUUUCCGAUAUCGAAUUAAAUCAAGGACUUAAUCAUGAUUUCAAGAAAUAUUUAUGGGAUUCGAGCGACUUUUUGGGAGGUCCAAUGACUGAUCUUUUGACAAUCAAAAUCCUCAAUGGAGGUGCUUGGGGACGAAGCGGAGGACAAAUUGAUUGUGUUCGUAUCUCGAUCCCACGGCAGUUGGAGGAAAUUCUUCCAACGGUGGAAUCAUUUUACAAACAUAAGCAUUCUGGUCGGAAGUUACAAUGGGUUCAUCAUUGGAGCAAUGGAACGGUGAUUUUCAACUCGGAUUUUGGCCGUUAUGAUAUUGAAAUGACAACAUUUCAGUUGGCUGUGCUGUAUUGUUGGUCGGAGCGACCUUUGGAUGCUUUGUCUUUCGAGACGCUGAGGUUGGCCACAGAAUUGCCGGAUUCGGAGCUCAUUCGGACGUUGUUUUCACUUUGCGCUUUCCCAAAGGUUCGCUCUCAGCUAUUGGAAUGGGACGGCGAGGGGCCACCGAAUCCACGAAUUUUUCACGAUUCAACGACUUUCCGGCUCAACUGUCAAUUUAAGAUUGAGAAGAACGGGAAAGUACAACCCCGUGGUCGUUUUAAUGUUAUUGGACGACUGCAGCUUGGACUAGAUGCUGCCGCCUCGACAGAACAUGAAGAAAUUGUUGAGUUGAGAAAAUAUCGUGUACAGGAGGCAAUAGUUAAGGUAUUGAAGACCCGUAAGCAGCUUUCGGCAUGGCAACUACAAAAUGAGUUAGUGGAUCAAUUAAAGCAUAUGUUUGUCCCAUCUCGGCAAUUAAUGAAAGAACAACUUGAAUGGUUGAUGGAGAAUCGAUAUAUCGAGCGAUCUUCAAGUGAUAUAAACACAUUCAACUAUAUUGCA